AUGGGUGAACGAAAAGGUCAAAAUAAAUAUUAUCCACCAGAUUUCGACUGGCGAAAACACUCAUCUCUAAAUGCUUAUCAAGGUGUUCAUGCUCUCCGUGAGCGUGCACGGAAACUUGACCGAGGAAUUCUUAUUAUUCGUUUUGAAAUGCCAUAUAAUAUAUGGUGCAAUACAUGUGGGAAUCAUAUCGGUAUGGGUGUACGUUAUAAUGCUGAAAAAACUAAAAUUGGAAAUUAUUAUACAACACCAAUAUUUCAAUUUCGUAUGAAAUGCCAUUUAUGUGAUGGACAUUUUGAAAUAAAAACUGACCCUAAGGCUCGUGAUUAUGUUAUUGUUAGCGGAGCUCGUCGUGAAGAACAGCGAUGGGAUGCAGCAGACAAUGGACAAAUUGUUAUGGAAUCAACUGAAGAAAUGAAAAAGCUCGCAACAGAUGCUAUGUUUAAAUUAGAAUAUGAUGGUAAAGAUGUUGCCAAAAAGAUCAAUAAAUCAACUCCGGAUUUAAAUGAACUUGAGAUACAACAAAGUGCUUGGAAAGAUGACUAUAUAAUUAAUUAUGUAUUAAGAAAAAAUCUACGAGAAGCUAAACGUGAAGAUCGUUUACAAAAAGAUGCUGAUGAUCGUGUAAGAAAAAAAGCAUCGAUUGAUAUUCCUCUUCUACCGUCGACUCGGCAAGAUGAUCGACUAGCGAAACUUUAUCGAUUAGAAACUGUUCGAUCUGCAGAGCAAAGCGAAACUGAUAGACGCGAAGCUAUUGAUCAACAACAAGUAUUGAAAGGAACAACUGCAAUAGCAUCCGAAAUAAAUUGGACACCAGCUACAUUUACAAGCAACAAAAAACAGCUCUCAUCUGCGUUAGGAAUUGUACGAAGUGUUGAUAAACCACAGCAAUCGUCUGAGACAAUAGCAAAAUCUCUUGUUUCUUAUGACGAUGAUGAUAAUGAAGAUGAUGACUCCUAA